UGAUUCCGCAUGGCCCAAGUUUCUGGGGUCGCACAGCACGCAUCAACAUUGUCGAGGAAGAUGGCUCAGACACGGCCUAUUUCAUGAAGGUACAUGACAGCCCUUCAGAAUUUUCAUAUUAGAACUGAAAUCAUCGUCUCUAGGUAUGUCAUGGCCAACGAGGCCAUGACAUGAUGCUCGGCGAAUUUACAUCCAUGACGGCAGUGCAUGGCGUUCUGCCUGAAUGCUCUCCGCGCCCUAUUGGUUGGGGCACCUACGAAUCAGACGCUCGGUGUCACUUCUACUUGGCUACCUUUCAUGAGAUGGCCGAAGAACUGCCCGACAUCAAUGCGUUUGCUUGGAAGGUUGCGGAGCUUCACCUGAGGAGCGAAUCCCCAAAUGGAAAAUUUGGGUUUCCCGUAAUGACAUUUAGCGGCAAUGCUCCGCAAGACAACUCAUGGACAGACACAUGGGAGGCUUUCUUUACGAAAGCAUUUACCCAUAUGAUUCGCUUGGAAGGUGAGACCCAAGGCCAGAGUGAGGAGAUGGACAAGCUUGCAUCCACCCUUAUCAGCAAUGUCAUUCCGAGACUUUUGCGUCCCCUGGAGAUUGAUGGCAAAACGGUGAAGCCUUGCUUGAUCCAUGGCGAUCUCUGGUAUGGGAACGCUUGCACAGACCUGACGACGGGAAACCCCAUUGUAUUCGAUGCUUGCAGUCUCUAUGGGCAUCAUGAGUAUGAGCUUGGAACAUGGCGCUCCCCUCAUUAUAGGAUUGGGAAGCCUUAUGUUAGAGCUUAUCACCAGAAAUAUCCCAAGUCAGAACCCGUGGAGGACUGGGACGAUCGGAAUGCUCUUUACUCAAUUAUGUUCAAUUUGCAUGAGUCUGUCCUGUACGCUGGAACUCUCAGAUGGCGCGGAAUAGUGAUGGGAGAGAUGAAACGCCUCAUCAACAAGUUUCCUGAGGGCUUUGACGGAUGGCGAAGCCAGAACCCAACCAAGAAGACCGGGCGUGAAAUUUGAGCGUUUGGGCCCCGAUGUCAUUCGUUAGACUCACCAUCUCGACGAAUGGUAUUCCACAAUCUGCAAAUGAAUAGAUCAUGUUAAAUGUCGAAAGUGAAGAUCGAAUCAAGCGCAACUUGUCAUGUCUCUAAUUGGGGCCAUCUCAAGCAGUAUCUGAUGCCAUGUAAUCAACUCCUGGUUGCUCCCUGCUGUCAAAUUCUAAACCACGUCCACGUUGAGACACGCGGGACCGUACAUCAAAAACCCUUUGUUUUACGAUUCACUAUUCCUGAUCGAACGCUGCAU